GCCAUGCAGCCCCGGCCCCACGUCUUGCUGUGGAAACUCCUGCUUCUGCAGAGUGCCACUGUGCUGCUGUCCUCAGGGCCACCCGGGUCGGUGCCGGCAGGCAGCUCCGUGGUGUCAGAGUCCGCAGUGAGCUGGCCGGCGGGGGCCCCGGCCGUGCUGCGCUGCCAGAGCCCGCGCAUGGUCUGGACGCAAGACCGGCUGCACGACCGCCAGCGCGUGGUCCACUGGGACCUCAGCGGCGGCCCCGGCGGGCGCCCCGCGCACCGGCUGGUGGACAUGUACUCGGCGGGGGAGCAGCGUGUGUACGAGCCGAGGGACCGCGGCCGCCUCCUGCUGCCGCCCUCCGCCUUCCAGGACGGCAACUUCUCGCUGCUCAUCCGAGCGGUGGAGGAGACGGACGAGGGGCUCUACACCUGCAACCUGCACCACCACUACUGCCACCUCUACGAGAGCCUGGCCGUCCGCCUGCAAGUCACCGGCGACCCCCGGGAAGCCGGUGCGCACUGGGACGGUGAGAAGGAGGUGCUGGUGGUGGAGCGCGGCGCGCCCGCGCUUCUGACGUGCGUGAACCGCGCGCACGUGUGGACCGACCGGCACCUGGAGGAGGCGCAGCAGGUGGUGCACUGGGACCGGCAGCCGCCCGGGGUCCCACACGACCGCGCCGACCGACUGCUCGACCUGUACGCGUCUGGCGAGCGCCGCGCCUACGGGCCGCCCUUCCUGCGCGACCGCGUGGCGGUGGAGGAAGACGCCUUCGCGCGCGGCGACUUCUCCCUGCGCAUCGCCCCGCUGGAGCCGGCCGACGAGGGCACCUACUCCUGCCACCUGCACCACCACUACUGCGGCCUGCACGAGCGCCGCGUCUUCCACCUGAAAGUGACCGAGCCCGCCCCGGACCCCCCGCCCCCGCGGGACUCGCCGGGCAACGGCUCCAGCCCCGGCGGCGUCCCCGCGCCAGAUCCCACGCUGGCGCGCGGCCGCAGCGUCAUCAACGUCAUCGUCCCCGAGAGCCGGGCCCACUUCUUCCAGCAGCUGGGCUACGUGCUGGCCACGCUGCUGCUCUUCAUCCUGCUGCUCAUCACCGUCGUCCUGGCCACGCGUCACCGCCGCAGCGGAGGUUAUGAGUACUCGCCCAGGAAGCCGCGGAAGUCAAAGAGGAAAGACGGGAACGCUGCGGAGUUUGCUGUGGCCACCGGGGACCAGGGUUUUUACAGGACAGAGGACAUCCAACUAGAUUACAAAAACAACAUCCUGAAGGAGAGGGCGGAGCUGGCUCACUGCCCUCUGCCCGCCAAGCACAUCGACUUGGACAAAGAGUUCAGGAAGGAAUACUGCAAGUAAGGCGAUUGGGCUCCUGGCCGGCCAGCGGGGCUGCCGACUCCUGUCCGUCGAGCGCGUCCUCCUGACUGACCCUUGUCCAGUCGCCUGGCCCCUCCCCCAGCGGCUGGUCCCGCUGUCCCGGAACUUGGCCCGAGCUGGUGCAGAGCAAGGCUGCCACCAGAGCCCUCUCCUGGGGGCUGCCGCCCUCCUGGCAAGCGGCAGUGGGCUCCGCAGGCCCUGCGGACGCUGCGGCCCACGCCCUCAGGGGCCGCUGCAGGGGCUCACUGCUGGCCCUGCCCCCUCGGCACCUGAUGCGCUCGCUGAUGUUCACCGAGGCCUCAGGCUCUUCGAGCCCGGCCUCUGCAGGGGCAGGGCAGCAAGACACCCUGCGGGGGCUCAGCAGGGACUCUCGGAACCGGGUCAGCCUCUGGGCGUCUCCAGGCCUUCCUGGGGGGGGAGCUGCCUGCUGGCUCCCAGUCUGCACCGUGGCUGCCCGGCCAGGCUGCCAUUGGCUGCACUCGGGGGCCCGAGGAUGGCACAUCCCAGCAGGGGGCUGGCGCCCCUCUGUGCUGCCUCAGGGGCCUGCCCUGGGCCCUUUCUCUGUCUCCCAGCCCGCUCCGGCCUCCCUCCGCGUGAGCUGCCUCGACAGUCUCUGGGCUCCCAGAGACCUUUGGUCCCUCCCUGGGCUGGAGUCUCGGGCCGGGGCGUCAUCCGGCUUCUGUUCUCUCCGAGGACAGGGGAGGGUGACGGCGGUGCUAGAGCAGCCCGUGCGGCGGCUCCCGACACCCACACUCCCUCGUCUUGGGAAAUCGCCACCAUCGCAAUAAAGGUCCUGUCGGAUUCUCAGACUUGGCCCCAGGUGUGCCUCUGCUGUCCCUGCCCAUCCCGGGGGGGGGGGGUCCAGUCUGGGCCUCGGAGCCCCCACAUGCUUUCUGUCGCCAGAAGUCCCACCGCCAGCACCCACUUGACCAGAAGGUCUGGGUGGGGUGUCCUGGAAAAGCCGACCUCGGAGUCCUGCAGCACUUAUGCCUGGUCGGGGUGGAGUCUGGGGUCAGCUUCUGGGGAUGGAUUUGGAUGCGGGGCAGGGGAGCACUCUGGUGGCCCGAGGACAGAGGGGGCAGUGUCAGCCCCGUCCUCUGAGGAGCAGGGAGGGCUAGACGUGGGGGCAUGUAGGUGGAGCAGCAGGAGGAAGCACGGCACCUGCAGACAGGGUGCCGGCGCGACCCUCCUACAGGGCAGGGGCUGCGGCAGGGAGGAGCCCCAGCCUCCCAGCCCCGGCCCCGCCCUCCAAGGCCCCCCCCUCCAGGACAGCAGGGAGCAGGAAAGCCUGGCUGUCACCUGGUGUGUCUUCAAAGCCCCACGAGCUGGUGGGUUAAGGGCACGACCUGCGACAGGAGGAGGCAGCAGCCGCCCCCACCCUGGGCAUCGGAGCUUUCGCCUGGGGAAGUGACAACUCCGGGGGUGUCUCCCGAGAAGAUAUCAAUAAACUCACACAAAGGAAAUAAA